ACACGAAGAGAGAAAACAGAGAGCUUGUUUCUCGGCAGCCACUCCAGGAGGCUGUGAGACCUGAUUAACACAUCUUCCUGGGGGUAGGCCUGUUUCAUGCCCCAAAUUUCCACGCAAUCGAUCAACCAAUCAAUCCCUCUCUCUCUAUCUAGAAUGGGUUCUGUGAAGUUAUUGUAGCAUUUCAUUGAGUUAUGUUUCCCUGGUUUGUAGUUUUCGUUGUAAUAUAGAAUCACAAAUGCGUAUGUACAUUUGAUAAUAUCUCUUGAUUCCUAUUGCCCACCAAUGAUUUUCUUCUUCAGCCCAAUGAUUUUCUCCAUAUUAUAUUAUUAGUAGAAUAGACAGCCAUUCCCUUUCCAUAUAGAGCUGCGCCCUCAGAUUAAAAUCAAUCAAGCAGGGGAGAUUUACAGAGUGAUGGCAGAAAUGGCGGGUGACCCAUCGGAGAAGCGGUCGGGUUGUGGAAUAUUAGGUGCAGUUUUCGGACGCCGGGGGUUUUGGCUGAGAAGAACAACCUCGUCUGCUUCCCUCCCCCCCAUGAACAACAACAACAGCAACAAAAACAAUGUUCCCAAAGUCCCAAGCAGCCCCAAUUCGAAGCGGUGGCGAGGCAAUUCCAAUGAGACUGCCUUUGCAAAUUCGCAAAACCAGUCGGAUGCUCCUCCCAAACCUGUUGAUAGACCCAUCACCAAAGCAGCUCCCCCUUGCAGUGUAAAGCCUGUGCCUGUGUAUCAACAGAAUCAGGGGAGGAGAAGUACCCGUGAUCAGGAAACAGCAAUGGUAACCUCAAGCGUACAGAGAGCUUCACAAAACCAAGGCUAUGGGCAGAUGAGGAAGGUGCCAAAAGAAGCAAUUGGGAUCUCUGGGGAGCUCGAAAGCAUGAUCGCUGAUCACCAGAAGGCGAAGGGAAGUAGUAACCUUGUCCGUGCUUCUUCGAGCAAUGUCAUGCUAUUAGGCAAUUUGGGUAACUUGAGGCAGCCCGGAACUGGGAAUUCGGCUUCAAACGAUAUAAUGGAUUUUUUCCCAAGGACCGCGAGAGAGGAGCCAUCAAUGCCUAAUGGGAAAUAUGCAAAUAGUGUGAUGGGGAAUAUAGUGAAGCAGGCAGCACAAUCCAAUGAUUAUGUGAGCAAAGAGCAGCCAGCUUCCCUGUGCAGAGCUCUAUCGACGAGAAUGGACCCAGAGACCUUGAAGAUUAUGGGCAAUGAAGAUUACAAGAAUGGAAGAUUUGCAGAGGCUUUGGCUUUGUAUGAUGCUGCAAUCUCUAUAGACCCGAAUAAGGCUUCUUAUCGGAGCAACAAAAGUGCAGCCUUAACUGCACUGGGUAGGCUUCUUGAGGCGGUUUUCGAGUGCAGAGAAGCCAUUCGGAUUGACCCUUAUUAUCACAGAGCUCAUCAACGUUUGGGAACAUUAUAUCUGAGAUUAGGAGAAGCGGAGAAGGCAAUAUAUCACUACAAGCAUGCAGGGCCAGAGGCAGAUCCCGACGGCAUUGGCAAAGCUCAAAAGCUGCAGGCUCAUCUCAACAGGUGCACGGACGCGAAGAAGCAACGGGAUUGGAACUCCCUCAUUAGAGAGUCCAGCCAUGCUCUAACAGCCGGUGCCGAUUCUGCUCCGCAGAUAUUCGCAUUGCAAGCGGAGGCCUUGUUGAGGCUGCGCAGGCACGAAGAUGCAGAUGCAGCAUUGACCAAGGGUCCUAACUUUGACGUCGACGAGUGUACUAAAUUCUUCGGCCCAAUUGGGAACACAACUCUAUUACUGGUUCGGGCUCAGGUCGACAUGGCUGCUGGCAGAUUCGACGAUGCUCUGGCAGCGGCGCAGCGGGCGGCUCGACUGGACUCGAACAACAAGGAGGUGAACGGGGUGGUUCGGAGGGCUCGGGCGGUAGCCGCCGCCCGGUCCAACGGGAAUGAGCUCUUCAAGGCGUCGAGGUUCUCGGAGGCGUGCGUCGCAUACGGAGAAGGGCUGGACCACGACCCCUACAACUCCGUCUUGCUCUGUAACCGCGCCGCUUGUCGGUCCAAACUCGGCCAGUUUGAGAAGGCGGCGGAGGACUGUACCGCUGCGCUUAACGUCCGACCGUCCUACAGCAAGGCCAGACUUAGAAGAGCUGAUUGCAAUGCUAAGUUGGAAAGAUGGGAAGCUUCGGUCCAAGAUUAUGAGGUGUUGGUAAGGGAAAGCCCAGGAGACGAAGACGUGGGCCGGGCGUUGUCGGAGGCCCAGAAGCAGCUCAAGAAGCAGCGAGGGGGAGACUGGAAAGAGCAAGACGCCGGCAAUUAUGGCGGCGGGGAGGAGCUGGCCGUCGUCUCCAGCGCCGACCAGUUCCGCCACUUCGUCACGUUGCCCGGAAUGUCGGUGGUGCUUUUCUGCAACAAGCCAGGCGACAGGGCAACGUUGCAGUUCUUGGAGCAGCUUCGCAAGCGAAACCCUUCAAUUAACUUCCUCAAGGUGGAAGUGGAAGAGCUGCCGCAGUUGGCGAAAUCGGAGGGAGUGAGCUCAACGCCGGCGUUCAAGAUGUACAAGAAUGGGUCCAGGGUGAAGGAGAUCCCGGGGAACAGCCACGAAUUGUUAGAGAGCUCGAUCAAAUACUACAGUGCCACGUGAUUUAAUUUACAGUAGGAAUUGAAUAUUUGAAGUACGUAGGAAGAAUAGGAGCGGGUGGCAGGGAGGAGCUGCGACUAUUUCAAAUUUAUUUUCCACCUUUAGUGCCAGAGGAUGAACCGGACGCAGACACGGACGCAGAGAAAUGGAGAAGAGGCAGAGGUGGGAAAGGAAGAAGCUCAGCUGGAAAGGGAAGAGUUAAUUAAAGCGGGGGCGGUCGGAGCUGCCAUUGCUGUCGGAGCUCGCAAUGAGAAAAUUCCAACGGGGGAGGAAACGAAGGGGACAGCGUGAGUUGCUUCUGUAUUGUUUAUAGUGAACGUGUGUGUAUGUCUUUUGCAUUAGAGAGCGGUUAGUUGUUAAUUACUUUCGAGAACAUGGUGGCAAAGAUGGCCUCAAUUGAUCAUAAUCCUUUGUUAUCCUCAA